UAUGUGUGUUCAUGAAGCAUGAUAAAGACGGCGACAAGAGCAGAAAAUGGGAAGCAGACUGAGAGCAUUUAUGUUUCAUACUCAGAGCUUUAUUUGCCGUUCUUCGACCCUGAACUUCUGGAUCGUAGCGCGUUUGUGCCCGCGACAAAUGUAGGGAACGAGAAAUGAAUUCACGUUCGUAAAGAUCCGAACAUGUGCUGAGCCGUCAUCUUCCCAAGUGUGUUGGUGACACAUUUGGGUUUAUAACCCAUUUCUAUUUAGCCGUUUAAGGGUUUUCAUCGCGCGUUUUCUCAUGAUGGGAGGGUAUCUGCAGCUUGAGAUCGGAGCGCGUCAAGUGAGCGCGCCUGCAGCAGCAAUCCAACAAGUGGACGCGUGAAUUUGCUGAAAGCAGACUUAAAAACCGGGCAACCAGAUGAUUUGUAUCCUCCUGUUUUGUAACGAAUACCGGUUUAAAUCAGGCAGAAACACCCUCCGCUACCUAAUGUGGAGUUCGUUUGAACCAAUCGUGGCGUAGCGUGCAACGCAUUUGCGCGCAAUGUGCGCUUUUCAAAAGGCGUUAUUGUUUUGAACGCAUACAACUGAACUGCAAUGAGGUAAGACACCCUCUGCAUUGCUUCUGCUCUUCAUUCAUGGACCCAACGGAAGAGUGAAGCGAACGCCCUGCGGAAUUCACCGCAUCUCCCAAUCCCCCUCCAUGCUCUCCAUUCAUGGACGCACUGCUCCGCUACCUCGGUGAACGCGCCGGGAAGUUGGAAUCAUCUCUAUAGAAAUUUCUUUAUGACGAAGGUACAGGUGGGAGACAGAGAUUGCAGUCAUGCCGAUGCAUCCAGUCACCUCCACGCUGAUGUACCGGGGCAUCUGCACCAUCCCCGACAUCCUUUCCUACAGCGCCCCGGUGAACCUGCCCGAAGACGAGGUUGAAGAGAUCCGCGAGGCCUUCAAGGUGUUUGAUCGCGAUGGAAAUGGGUUUAUCUCAAAGCAAGAGCUGGGAAUGGCCAUGCGCUCCCUGGGUUACAUGCCAAAUGAGGUAGAACUGGAAGUCAUCAUCCAGAGACUUGACAUGGAUGGCGAUGGCCAGGUGGACUUUGAGGAGUUUGUUACGCUUUUGGGUCCAAAGCUGACAGCGGCCGGCAUGCCCGACAAGUUCAACGGCACUGACUUUGACUCCGUUUUUUGGAAGUGUGACAUGCAGAAAUUGACAGUUGAAGAGCUGAAGAGGCUUUUGUAUGAUACCUUCUGUGAUCACCUUUCCAUGAAAGACAUUGAGAAUAUCAUUAUGACCGAGGAGAACCACAUAGAGAAUCCAGAGGACUGCCAGUUGGAUAUAGACACCUCCAGCCCGACGCAGCAAGUCAAGCAAACCUGUGUGCGCAAGAGCCUGAUAUGCGCCUUUGCCAUUGCUUUCAUCAUCAGCGUCAUGCUCAUUGCAGCCAAUCAAGUGCUGCGAAGUGGCAUGAAGUAAAACCAGUGGAACUCUAGGGGCCUUGAUCUCCACCUAACGGCUACCAUACAAAAAAAA